AUGUAGUAGUAUAAUUGGUAGUAGCACCUAAAAUAACAAGAAAGGCAAUUCACGAAUAAUUAGUUUGAAUUUCAUAAUGUGAAAGACUUAUAGAUGAAUAUGAGCGAAAAAAGAACAUCAAAGUAAAAUUUUUAAUGUAUAUUUGACAAUAUAAUUAUUCUAUUGAAGGAACUUAAAAAUAGAUAAUAGAAAAUCUAAUCCUAUGUUUAAGAUGAAAUAAUUGAUAUGAAUUAGAAAUUAGAUAAUGCUUCAAAAUAACUAUUAUCAGCUAUUGAACAAUUUCAAUAAGGUGAAAAAGAAGAAAAUCAUUUAAUGUCCACCUUAAAUUCUUCAAAAUAAAAUUUUUUCAAGUAAUAAUCAUAAAACCCGACAAACAACAAAGAGAUAGUACAAAUUAAAUUAUAAUAAUAAGAUUCUAAUCCAACAUCCUCAAACUCAUUUAAAUUGAUAGCAAGCAAAAAUGUAACCCAAAAUUUAUAAAUAAAACCACCAUCCCAAAAUUUAAUGAAGUCAAAUCUAAUGCAAGUAUAUCAAAAUACUUAGUAUGGAAAUUAGUUUGAGCAAACAAAAAACAUGAAUAAGCAGGCACAAAAUCCAAUUAGCGAAAAAACCUAAGACUAAAGUGCCAAUGUAUGGGUUCCUCGUACGUUUAUGAGUUCAGAGAAAGCUAAAAAUACAACAAAUUUGGAUAAAAUCAUUAUCACAGAAGAAAAUUUAGAUAAUUCGCUUCUUAAAACUUAAAAUGCUAAUUAGUCUAGUUGCUUAUAUUGCAGCGGCGCUUGUUAUUCUGAAUUUAUAUCAACUCCUUGUUAUCAUAAUUAUCAUGAUCAGUGCUUAAGAGAAUAUUAUAAAUUAUUAUUACAAACAUAUAAUUAGAAUAAGAAAUUAGUUUGUAUAUGUAAUAUGAAAAUGCCGUAACUAUUUAUUAGUCGGAGUUUAAAAAUUAAUUUGAAUAGCUUACUCGAAAUAUAAAUAGAGAUAAUAAGGGGGAAAAUAACAAAUUAAAUAGAUUGGUGUGUAAAAUGUAAGUUUUUCUGGAUAAGAAGAUAUAGUGACACUUAUACUAAGCAAUGUAGGAUGUGUGAUUAAAAUGGGGUCAUCCUCAUAAAGUCUAAAUGAAAUAUCAUAUUAUUAAUAGUAC